UUUGCAGAGGAUGAGGACGAAUAUAGCUUUCAUGUUUCGCGGUACCGACCAGAAGAAUUGCAAAAGUUAGCCUCAAGGACUAAAUUUACUAGAAAAGAAAUUCAGCUCAUGUAUAGGGGAUUUAAGCAGGAAUGUCCAACUGGUAUGGUCGAUGAAGAAGCUUUUAAACACAUAUUUUCUCAAUUCUUUCCACAAGGAGAUGCUACAAACUAUGCCCAUUAUGUAUUCAACACUAUUAAACAAAAACAAACUGGAAAAAUUAGUUUUGAGGAUUUUCUUGGAAUAUUAUCAAAAGUUUCACGAGGUAGUGUUCAGGAAAAGAUGCAGUGGAUAUUUGGCCUUUAUGAUCUUAACGGUGACGGUCUCAUCUCGAAAGCGGAAAUGAUAGACGUCGUUUCUAGUAUUUAUGAAAUGUUAGGAAGGGCUACAAAUCCACUUGUGGACGAUAGCACAGCGAAGGACCACGUCGAAAAAAUAUUUCACGGGAUUCAACCCGUGGGCGACGAGAAAGGGCAAAGGUAA